UGGCGCGGCAGCGCCGGAAUUAAUGGCCUCCCUUCCGGUCCGGCCACGUGACGCAACCUCCGGCCCCACGGCUCCCCGUCACCGCCCGGCUGACGUCAGCUCCCCCUCCCUACGGCCAUGGCCAUGUGAUGUGCCGCCCCGGCUAUAUAUGCGAUGCCAUGGGUGCGCCUCCCCAUUCCUCCCCGGCCGCCUAGCUCUCUCUCCAGAAGCUUUAGCUAUAAAUAUUUAGCCUAGCUCCUCCGCGCCAGGCAGGGUCCGGCGAGCUCGAUCUAUCGAUCGUCUUCGUUCCAGCCACGCAGCAGCUAGCUCCGGCGAGCGAUCGGUGGGCGGCCGGGCACCAUGCAGGCGGUGGGCAUCCGGCGGGGGCUGACCAUCGACCCGGCGGGGGAGGAGGAGGCCCCCGCGGCGCGCGUGGGCCGCCUGGUCCGCGAGAGCCCCGUGGUGAUCUUCGCGCGCCGCGGCUGCUACAUGGCGCACGUGAUGAAGCGCCUGCUGGCCGCCGUGGGCGCGCACGCCACCGUCAUCGAGCUGGACGCCGGCGCGGCCGACGAGCUCGCGGCGGCCGCCGAGGCCGGCCGCGGCGCCGUCCCGGCGCUCUUCGUGGGCGGCGCGCUCGUCGGCGGGCUCGAGGGCCUCAUGGACCUCCACCUCAGCGGCCGCCUCGUGCCGCGCCUCAGGGAGGUCGGCGCCCUCUACGCCUAGCGUGCACCUCGUCGCGUAGGGCGUUCCACUUCCACCAUCAAGGCUGCGUCGUCCAUGUAUGAUGUGUACAUACGCUCGACCUCUGCGAUUCGGCCAAGCUUCAGGGUGCUGGACGCAAAACACGCGCGAAUAAGUUGUAGCGGUAGUGCUUGUACACCAAGGGCGGGGGGGGGGGGUGCUUGUGAGGGAACAGUGUUACGGGGGGGUUUUGUGAGAAACGGCAGGACCUAAAUGUGAUUACUUAGGAGUAACACUACUUUCUCUUCCUCCUCUCUGUUUCCUUUUACAGCAGCAAGCAAGCUUCUGUUUUGUCC